GCCGCACCCCUGUCCCUGGCGCUUACCAAAAGUUGCCGUCAGCCUCCAUUCUCGUUCAGACCGGCCUGCCAGCGUUGGUGGAUCGAACCGUGGACGACUUUUCUCCCGGAUAGUCCGUCUUUGCGCCCGAGGCCGUCUGGUUUAUUACCGUUGUUUUGAGCUCUUUGGAUCUUGCCGCAUCUUGAGAUGGCGGCUACUGGCUACCUGUCCGUGGCGGCUGUGCUGCUGACGGUGGCUUGCAUGACUAAACCAGCUCUCUCGCAAGAUGUGGUGCCACCUCAACUAUUUGGCUGUUCUGUCGUGGAUAUAGCAGGAACACCUGUGUCCACCACAGCACAGACUUCAACUGGUACCUGGCAAACACCCAGUGGCUUCAAUCUUCAGCCCGGACAAAGUUUUACCACCCCAUUUGAGACAGCCAACAUCUAUGGUCAGUUGUCAGGGACCACGCCAUUCAAUUAUGGCUUCACUACCGUUGGUUAUCGGUUUGUUGAUAACCCUCCAACAAGUCCUCCGCAAAACAACGCAUACUGCACCUUCUUUGUGAGGGUUGGAGUCAACAACGAUGGUACCAUACCAACAGUGCUCAACUGCCCAGGGAGCAUCACUCAGCCUAUAGCAUCCAGCCAGACUACCGCAGCGGUGAGCUGGACUGAGCCAACAGCCACAGACAAUAACGGUGUAGUGCGACGUUCCUGGCGGUCACAUGCCCCCAACACUGCCUUUCCUGUUGGAACUACCCAGGUUACUUAUCAGUGGAUCGACCCAAGCAAUGCCAACUCACAAGCUCAGUGCAUGUUCACAGUGACUGUUUCCACUACAGGAACGGAUGGUGUGGUGCCUUCUUUGACCUGCCCUGCUGAUGUGGUUGCUAGUGCAGGUGGCAUUGCCACCUGGACUCCACCAACACCAACUGAUGCUUCAGGGAUCGUCUCCACCACCUCAACUUUAACCCCAGGAUCAGUAGUCCAGGAGGGUUUCACCACUGUCACCUACAAUACUGUUGAUGGUACUGGCAACCGAGCCUCCUGUUCUUUCAUAGUGCGAAGAAUACCAAGUGACCAGUAUUCACCGGUCAUCACAAGCUGUCCAACAAAUAUCGACCAGACAGUGACCAGUGGCACCAGUGGUUUUGUGACAUGGACAGAACCAACAGCUUACGAUGACGGUGGGCAUGUGCGGCUUGUCAUGCAGACUCACUCUCCCAACACUGCUUUCCCUGUUGGCACAACACCAGUGGAAUACCGCUUCCAAGAUACAAGAGAGCAGGUUGCUAGAUGUGUCUUCACGGUUGUAAUCACUGUUACAGGUGGUGACACCACUCCACCAACAUUUACUAACUGUCCCACAACAUCGCAGGUCUUCACAAUCACUAGUGGGUCAACGGCGUUUGUAAGUUGGGCUGUACCACAAGCAACAGACAACCAAGGCACACCCACUGUGACACAGAUUCAAGGGGUUUCUCCUGGCACUAACUUGGCUGCUGGACAAUACACCAUCCGGUACCAAGCCCAAGAUGCAGCUGGCAACAACGCAUUCUGCAUGUUCACCGUCUUGGUUCAACAAGGUGGUGACACCACUCCACCAACAUUUACUAACUGUCCCACAACAUCGCAGGUCUUCACAAUCACUAGUGGGUCAACGGCGUUUGUAAGUUGGGCUGUACCACAAGCAACAGACAACCAAGGCACACCCACUGUGACACAGAUUCAAGGGGUUUCUCCUGGCACUAACUUGGCUGCUGGACAAUACACCAUCCGGUACCAAGCCCAAGAUGCAGCUGGCAACAACGCAUUCUGCAUGUUCACUGUCUUGGUUCAACAAGCCGCUAUCUUUGAAAUUACGUGCCGUGCUAGCUUAGACAUCAUAACAUCAACUGCUCAAACGAUUCAGCUUGAACAACCAUUAGUGUCGGGCAACACAGGAGCAGUGACAUUUGUAUAUACUGCGAUAUCUGGAGGAACCACUGUGCCAGUUACAAACAAUAUGGUCACAGUUGGCUCGCCUUCUUCAACCAAUGUUUUUAUUGUCGGGACUGAUACGCAAAGUGGGAGGACAGACUCUUGUUCCUAUACUAUAACAGUCGGCGCAGGAGAUACUACGCCCCCUUCAAUUUUCUGCCCAACUGUUGCUGAUGUGACGGUUAGCACAGGAAAUAAUAAUGGAGCAACAGUUACCUGGGCAACGCCUCAGGCAUCUGAUAACUCUGGUACUCCAACUGUUGCACUUUUUCCACCUACCCAGAGUGGACCAGGUUCUUUUUUCGUGUUUGGAAGCUACACAAUUACCUACCGAGCCACCGAUGCAGUAGGCCUCACGGCAGAUUGUUCUGUCACUUUCUCUGUUGUUGACCGUGUUAAUCCAGUUCCAAACUGUCCAGCUAACAUAAUGCAGGCUAUCGGAGUAAACCAGAAUAUAGUAACAUGGCCAACCCCAUCUGGCAGUGAUAACUCCCAAGUGACUCCUACAAUCGCACGGACUUCAGGACCACCUUCAGGAUCUACGUUUACACCUGGAACAACGACAACAAUAGUCUAUACUGCAACUGAUCAGGCAGGAAAUAGUGGAACGUGUUCAUUCACUGUACAAAUCACCGGAGAUACUACUCCCCCUUCAAUUUUCUGCCCAACUGUUGCUGAUGUGACGGUUAGCACAGGAAAUAAUAAUGGAGCAACAGUUAACUGGGCAACUCCUCCGGCCUUCGAUGACAUUGGUACUCCAACUGUUGCACUUUUUCCACCUACCCAAAAUGGACCUGGUUCUUUUUUUGUAUUUGGAAGCUACACAAUUACCUACCGAGCCACUAAUGCAGCAGGCCUCACGACAGAUUGCUCUGUCACCUUCUCUGUUGUUGACCGUGUUAAUCCAGUUCCAAACUGUCCAGCUAACAUAAUGCAGGCUAUUGGAGUAAACCAGAAUAUAGUAACAUGGCCAACCCCAUCUGGCAGUGAUAACUCCCAAGUGACUCCUACAAUCGCACGGACUUCAGGACCACCUUCAGGAUCUACGUUUACACCUGGAACAACGACAACAAUAGUCUAUACUGCAACUGAUCAGGCAGGAAAUAGUGGAACGUGUUCAUUCACUGUACAAAUCACCGGAGAUACUACUCCCCCUUCAAUUUUCUGCCCAACUGUUGCUGACGUGACGGUUAGCACAGGAAAUAAUAAUGGAGCAACAGUUAACUGGGCAACUCCUCCGGCCUUCGAUGACAUUGGUACUCCAACUGUUGCACUUUUUCCACCCACCCAAAAUGGACCUGGUUCUUUUUUUGUAUUUGGAAGCUACACAAUUACCUACCGAGCCACUAAUGCAGCAGGCCUCACGACAGAUUGCUCUGUCACCUUCUCUGUUGUUGACCGUGUUAAUCCAGUUCCAAACUGUCCAGCUAACAUAAUGCAGGCUAUUGGAGUAAACCAGAAUAUAGUAACAUGGCCAACCCCAUCUGGCAGUGAUAACUCCCAAGUGACUCCUACAAUCGCACGGACUUCAGGACCACCUUCAGGAUCUACGUUUACACCUGGAACAACGACAACAAUAGUCUAUACUGCAACUGAUCAGGCAGGAAAUAGUGGAACGUGUUCAUUCACUGUACAAAUCACCGGAGAUACUACCCCCCCUUCAAUUUUCUGCCCAACUGUUGCUGACGUGACGGUUAGCACAGGAAAUAAUAAUGGAGCAACAGUUAACUGGGCAACUCCUCCGGCCUUCGAUGACAUUGGUACUCCAACUGUUGCACUUUUUCCACCUACCCAAAAUGGACCUGGUUCUUUUUUUGUAUUUGGAAGCUACACAAUUACCUACCGAGCCACUAAUGCAGCAGGCCUCACGACAGAUUGCUCUGUCACCUUCUCUGUUGUUGACCGUGUUAAUCCAGUUCCAAACUGUCCAGCUAACAUAAUGCAGGCUAUCGGAGUAAACCAGAAUAUAGUAACAUGGCCAACCCCAUCUGGCAGUGAUAACUCCCAAGUGACUCCAACAAUCGCACAGACUUCAGGACCAACUUCAGGAUCUACGUUUACACCUGGAACAACGACAACAAUAGUCUAUACUGCAACUGAUCAGGCAGGAAAUAGUGGAACGUGUUCAUUCACUGUACAAAUCACCGGAGAUACAACCCCCCCUUCAAUUUUCUGCCCAACUGUUGCUGAUGUGACGGUUAGCACAGGAAAUGAUAAUGGAGCAACAGUUAACUGGGCAACUCCUCCGGCAUUCGAUGAUUUUGGUACUCCAACUGUUGCACUUUUUCCACCCACCCAAAAUGGACCUGGUUCUUUUUUUGUAUUUGGAAGCUACACAAUUACCUACCGAGCCACUAAUGCAGCAGGCCUCACGACAGAUUGCUCUGUCACCUUCUCUGUUGUUGACCGGGUUAAUCCAGUUCCAAACUGUCCAGCUAACAUAAUGCAGGCUAUCGGAGUAAACCAGAAUAUAGUAACAUGGCCAACCCCAUCUGGCAGUGAUAACUCCCAAGUGACUCCAACAAUCGCACAGACUUCAGGACCAACUUCAGGAUCUACGUUUACACCUGGAACAACGACAACAAUAGUCUAUACUGCAACUGAUCAGGCAGGAAAUAGUGGAACGUGUUCAUUCACUGUACAAAUCACCGGAGAUACUACCCCCCCUUCAAUUUUCUGCCCAACUGUUGCUGAUGUGACGGUUAGCACAGGAAAUGAUAAUGGAGCAACAGUUAACUGGGCAACUCCUCCGGCAUUCGAUGAUUUUGGUACUCCAACUGUUGCACUUUUUCCAAAUACCCAAAAUGGACCUGGUUCUUUUUUUGUAUUUGGAAGCUACACAAUUACCUACCGAGCCACUAAUGCAGCAGGCCUCACGACAGAUUGCUCUGUCACCUUCUCUGUUGUUGACCGGGUUAAUCCAGUUCCAAACUGUCCAGCUAACAUAAUGCAGGCUAUCGGAGUAAACCAGAAUAUAGUAACAUGGCCAACCCCAUCUGGCAGUGAUAACUCCCAAGUGACUCCAACAAUCACACAAACUUCAGGACCAACUUCUGGAUCUACGUUUACACCUGGAACAACGACAACAAUAGUCUAUACUGCAACUGAUCAGGCAGGAAAUAGUGGAACGUGUUCAUUCACUGUACAAAUCACCGGAGAUACUACCCCCCCUCAGAUUUUCUGCCCAACUGUUGCUGAUGUGUUGGUUAGCACAGGAACUGAUAAUGGAGCAACAGUUAACUGGGCAACUCCUCAGGCAUUCGAUGAUUUUGGUACUCCAACUGUGGCACUUUUUCCAAAUACCCAAAAUGGACCUGGUUCUUUUUUCGUAUUUGGAAGCUACGCAAUUACCUACCGAGCCACUAAUGCAGCAGGCCUCACGGCAGAUUGUGAUGUCACUUUCUCUGUUGUCGACCGUGUGCCGCCUGUAAUAACCUGUCCCAUCAACGUUCAACAGGAGGCCGGCAUUAACGGGAACAGAGUAGUAUGGACACCAGCAACUGCUACGGAUAACACCUUACUGACUCCAACAGUCACAAAAGUUCAAGGACCAGAUUCGGGAUCAGUAUUUACACCUGGCACAACGACAGUAAUUGUUUACACUGCAACUGACGUGAAUGGAAAUUCUGCGUCUUGUACAUUCAGCGUAGAAAUCACCAAUGAUGUCACUUCUCCGACCAUCACCUGUCCAGUUGUUCCAGAUGUAGUCAUCAAUACAGGGACUGCUGAUGGAGCAACGGUCAACUGGGCAACUCCUUCUGCCUUUGACAACAAUGGUGUUCCGACUGUUGCCCUCUUUCCUCCUGGCCAAAGUGGACCGGGUACCUUUUUCCGGUUUGGAUCAUACAGCAUUACCUACCGAGCCACUGAUCAAGCUGGCAACAUUGCAGAUUGUACUAUCACUUUCGCCGUCGUUGAUAGGGUGCCACCAGUGUUUGUUUGCCCAACUACUCCAGUCACGGAAACCAUACCUGUUGGAUCCAACCAAGUCGUUAUUCAGUUCCCCACCCCAACGGCAACAGACAAUUCAGGAUUUCCUCCUACUGUGAGGCUUCAGGAUGGAAGCCAGGGCCCUGGACAGCCUUACGGGCCGGGAACGUUUACUGUCACGUACGUAGCUACGGAUGGUGCUGGCAAUGAGGCCUUGUGCAGUUUCCCUGUGACUGUUCAGCCAGGAGUUGAUAUCACGCCCCCUGUGGUGACCGUCUGCCCUGCCAAUAUUGUGAGAACUGUGGAGCUUGGCUCUGGGGACACAGUACAGGUAACCUGGGAUCUGCCCACAGCUACUGACGACUCCGGUUCGCCAGUUAAUGUUGUGCUUCAAACAGGAUUGGCACCAGGCAGCUCCUUCAGUGCAGGGGUAUAUGAAAUAGUCUACCGAAUUUCAGACAAUUCUGGAAAUUUCGUCAAUUGUGAAUUCUGUGUCGUCGUAAACACUGUUGAUCGAAUGAAUCCGUCAAUAACGUGCCCGGCUGACAUCACCCGAACCGUGGAGCUUGGCACUGCAAGCGGGUCGCUCGUCUCUUGGCAGCAGCCUACUGUAGGAGAUUCCUCUGGCGGGCCAGUUUUUGUCACCCUGCUUACGGACAGACCCUCUGGCUCAUAUUUCCCCGCGGGAGCACCCAUCGUCGUCAGUUACCAGGCUGCAGAUGUGACCGGCAACACAGAUACCUGCUCCUUCACUGUCACUGUCACCGUUGUGGAUACCACUGCACCCGUCUUCACCUACUGUCCUAGCACCAUCCAGUACUCUGUGCUGGACUUUCCCGCUGAGGGGAUCUUGGUGAGCUGGGCAGAGCCGCAGUUCUACGAUGCCUCUAACUCAGCGACCAUCUCCGACCGGACCCCAGCAGCGGGCACGCGCUUCACAAACCCGUCCACACAGGUAUCCUACACAGUGCGAGACGCAGGGGGACGCACGGCUGUCUGCAGUUUCCAAGUCAACAUCUUCGUCCAGAACCCAUGUACUGUUUCACCAUGUCAGAAUGGAGGCAACUGCGUUCCCACUGGGCGUGGUACUAACGACUACAAUUGCGUGUGUCCACCAUGCUUCUCUGGCCAGAAUUGUCAACUGGGUGUGAAUCCGUGUGCUAAUAACAUGUGUGCAUCCGGCAGUGUAUGCGUUCCCGUUGCUGGUUCCUGUGUUGACUACACUUGCCAGUGCAGCACUUGCAACUAUGGACGUUUCUGUGACCAGCAGGUGGAUGCCUGUGCAAAUCACAAGUGUGAGAACGGCGGAGUGUGCAGCGCUUUUGGGUCAUCAUGCCUCCAGUACUCCUGCGCCUGCUCAGGCUGCUUCCGUGGAGCUACCUGCAACGAAGUCUUCAACCCGUGCAGUGCUUCCCCUUGUCAGAACAGCGGCGUUUGCAGUGCCGUCCAGAACUCUUGCACAGCCUAUUCCUGUCGAUGCCUUGGCUGCUUUACUGGCUACAACUGUCAGUUAGCUGUUCCAAGCCUUUGCCUUCCGAAUCCCUGUCAGAAUAACGGAGUAUGUAUGCUGAGGGCCAACACCUGCUAUGACUACGUGUGUCAGUGUUCAUCAGGAUUUACAGGGCUACACUGUGAAGCGAUCAUUAUGAGGUCCAAUCCUUGUAACAGCUUCCCGUGCCUGAAUGGCGCUGACUGCAUCAACAUGGACGGUGACUUUGCCUAUACCUGCAAAUGUCAAUCAGGCUACACAGGCAUCAACUGUGGGGUAUCUAUAUCUGAUGUUGGUGCUGCCUCAGCCUGUGCGUCCAAUCCAUGCCAAUCCGGUUCCACCUGCUCCAAUAGCUACCACAGUUCCAGCCCUCAGAUCUACCAAGCUCAAUACGUUUGCAACUGCAAUACUUUCCUGACUGGUAUGAACUGCAACACUCCCACAACCAAUGCACCAACAAUGAACGUGUGUGGCUCCCUCCCCCGACCUUGUGCUAAUGGUGGGACGUGCAACAACAUCUACAACAGCUAUCUGCAGUCGGUGGAUUACUGGUGCAGAUGCCAGCCAUCAUUUUUCGGACAACACUGCGAAAUACCAUAUGCCAAUCCAUGUGUUCCCAACCCUUGCCUGAACGGUGGAACGUGCUCUUCAAGUGACCGCAGCUUCACAUGCCAAUGUGCUGCUGGUUUCAGCGGCAAUCUCUGCGAAACUCAAGCUGGAGACACGACGCCGCCCCAAGUCUUCAACUGUCCCAGCGAUUUUGCUUUUGAUGCCGGCUCCCAAUCAGUUGUCAACGUUCCGUGGACUGAGCCGCAGGUGUUUGGCGGAACCUUGUUCUACCAGACGCACACUCCCAAUUCUACGCCCUUCCAAACCGGAACCUCCACCCGUGUUAUCUACGUCUUCGCUGACGCUGCUGGAAAUUUGGCCAAAUGCUCCUUCAAUGUUUUGGUUACUGGAAGCGCAGUCACAGAUAAUUCGAUGCCGAGCAUCACCUGUCCAAACGCUCCCACCGCUAUUAUCAGUGGAGACGCUACCACUGUCCGGGUGACAUGGUCUCCCCCAAUAGCAUCCGACAACCAAGGGCCGCCUCUGGUGUCGAGCGACCGUCUGUCUGGCUCACCGUUCCCAGAGGGUAUGACUCCAGUGACCUACACAGCCACAGACUAUUCUGGCAACCGGGCAACCUGUACCUUCCAGGUCACUGUUACAAGACAAGGAGGUUUCACCGUGCAGUGCCCAAAUCCAGUCAGUAUACCUGCUGAUGCUGGCCAAGACUGUACCACAUACACCCUGCCCAACCCCACCUACUCCAAUAACGUGGGCGCUGUUACACUGGGCUAUCGGCUCAUUGGCGGAAGUGCCACUGGGCAAAAUUUCUACACCACCCUGCCCUUCUCCGGCAGCUUUAGGUACAGGGCAGUGGACUCCAACGGAAACGUGGCCGAGUGUACAUUUGUCCUGAGCAUUACUCCAGGCGUUGAUCCAUGCUCACCAAAUCCAUGUCAGAAUGGAGGACAAUGUUCAGUCGCUGUUAAUACGUUCAGCUGCCAGUGCCCUACUGGAUUCACCGGAACUACUUGUGAAAAUCCUACUGGUGGUUUCCAAAUCACCUGUCAGCCUCAAGUAAGUGUUUCUGGCACACCCAACUCACCUGUCAACGUUAAUAUACCGGAACCAACGGCAUUUGGCAACACAGGACAAGUAUUCUACACUUUCGUCGCUAAUAAUGUUCAAAUAAGCAACCCAAGAGCAUACCAAGUGACUGCUCCGGCAAGUGGUCAGUUUACUGUGCCUGUCAGCGUUACGGCUUUUGAUUCUGGUACAAACCAACAACGGACCUGCCAAAUUAACAUUGUAGUCACAGCGGCUGGUGUCACCCCAUGUGCCAUCAAUCCAUGUCAGAAUGGCGGUACCUGCAACGUCAAUGGAAAUACUUUCUCAUGUACCUGUGCUGGAGGAUUCAGUGGGACUACAUGCACUAUUCCCCCGACUGGGUUCCAAAUCACAUGCCAGGCUCCGGUUUCUGUGUCUGGCACCCCCGGCUCAACUGUCACUGUUCAAUUACCUGAACCAACGGCAACCGGGAACACGGGGACAGUAACAUUCUUCUUCUUCGCUGAUGGUGUCCAAGUAAACAGCCCGAUGAUGUAUCAAGCGUCUGUUCCAGCAAGUGGUCAGACCACUGUGAAUCUUCAAAUCUACGGUGUAGAUUCUGCAACAUCACAAACAACGAACUGCAUGACACAGGUUAUAGUUACAGGUGGCGGUGUCUCCCCAUGUGCGAGCGGCCCUUGCUUGAAUGGCGGUACCUGUAACGUGCAGGGUCAAGCGUGGACCUGCACCUGUCCCACUGGCUUCUCUGGAAGCAACUGCCAGCUGGAUCCCUGUUCCGUGGCUCCAUGUUUGAACGGUGGGGUCUGCUCAGUGAAUGGGAACACCUUCAGCUGUGCAUGCCAGAAUGGAUUCACGGGGGAUAUAUGUCAGACUGCCCCUGGUGGUUUCCAAAUCACAUGUCAGCCUCAAGUAAGUGUUUCUGGCACACCCAACUCACCUGUCAGCGUUAAUAUACCGCAACCAACGGCAUCUGGCAACACAGGACAAGUAUUCUACACUUACCGCGUUAAUAAUGUUCAAAUCAGCAACCCAAGAGCAUACCAAGUGACUGCUCCGGCAAGUGGUCAGUCCACUGUGCCUGUCAGCGUUACGGCUUUUGAAGCUGGUACAAAUCAACAACGGACCUGCCAAAUUAACAUUGUAGUCACAGCGAGUGGUGUCAACCCAUGUGCCAUCAAUCCAUGUCAGAAUGGCGGUACCUGCAACGUCAAUGGAAAUACUUUCUCAUGUAUCUGUGCUGGAGGAUUCAGUGGGAGUACAUGUACUAUUCCCCCGACUGGUUUCCAAAUCACAUGCCAGGCUCCGGUUACUGUGUCUGGCACCCCCGGCUCAACCAUCACUGUUCAGUUACCUGAACCAACGGCAACCGGGAACACGGGGACAGUAGCAUUCUUCUUCUUCGCUGACGGUGCCCAAGUAAACAGCCCGAUGAUGUAUCAAGCGUCUGUUCCAGCAUUUGCUGGUCAGUCCAAUACUGUGAGUGUUCUCAUCUACGGUAGAGAUUCUGUAACAGGAACAACGAGGGACUGCAUGACAGACGUUAUAGUCACAGCGAGUGGGAGUACCAACCCAUGUACCAUCAAUCCAUGUCAGAAUGGCGGUACCUGCAGCGUCAAUGGAAAUACUUUCUCGUGUACCUGUGCCGCAGGAUUCAGUGGGACUACAUGCACUAUUCCCACGACUGGUUUCCAAAUCACAUGUCAGCCUCAAGUAAGUGUUUCUGGCACAGCCGGCUCAACUGUCAACGUUAAUAUACCGGAACCAACGGCAUCUGGCAACACAGGACAAGUAUUCUACAAUUACCGCGUUAAUAAUGUUAUAAUAAGCAACCCAAGAGCAUACCAAGUGACUGCUCCAGCAAGUGGUCAGUCCACUGUGCCUGUCAGCGUUACGGCUUUUGAUGGUGGUUCAAGUCAACAACGGACCUGCCAAAUUAACAUUGUGGUCACAGCGGCUGGUGUCAACCCAUGUGCCAUCAAUCCAUGUCAGAAUGGCGGUACCUGCAACGUCAAUGGAAAUACUUUCUCAUGUACCUGUGCUGCAGGAUUCAGUGGCAGUACAUGUACUCAAAUCACAAGUUUCCAAAUCACAUGUCAGCCUCAAGUAAGUGUUUCUGGCACACCCGGCUCAGCUGUCAGCGUUAAUAUACCGGAACCAACCGCAUCUGGCAACACACAACAAGUAUUCUACACUUACGUCGCUAAUAAUGUUCAAAUAAGCACCCCAAGAUCAUACCAAGUGAUUGUUCCGGCAAGUGGUCAGUCCACUGUGCCUGUCAGCGUUACGGCUUUUCAAUCUGGUACAACCCAACAACGGACCUGCCAAAUUAACAUUGUAGUCACAGCUGUUGCCGGAGGCCCUUGCAACCCUUCUCCGUGCCAGAAUGGAGGUACCUGUAAUGUCGUGGGAACAUCAUUCAUGUGCACCUGUACAUCAGCUUGGGUUGAAUCUAUAUGUGCCACUCCCAAUCCAUGUAAUUCCAAUCCCUGCCCGGCAGUUGAUAUGGAGUGCUACUACGCUCAAAACUCGUACGUCUGUGGUCCGGCUCAAACAGGCCGUCGUAGAAGGGAUGCUGCAGAAGGGGAUGUAUCACUGUGCGACCAGUACCCUUGUUUCAACAACGGCACUUGCGUCUCCGGCGUGGAUGAGGAGAUUGGAGACUACAUGCGCUGUGAUUGUGCCCCUGGUUGGGUUGGACCCAGCUGUGAACAAGAACAAGUGGAGCUGGACCAGCCAGACCGCCCGUCCUGGAUGAUUCAACAGCCCCCAGAUUGGAUGGACCACUCCCCGGCCCGAUGGGGCAAGGAGAAACUGGGCAUGCAUUGGAUGAUGGUGGGCGUCAUUGCCAUCUUAGCCCUGGUAGUGGUGCUGAUGGCCUGCGCGUUCAUGCGCCUCACGCCCCGCAAACGGAGCCGCUUUGACGGCGUCAAGCUGAUUCACUAGGCUUGACAAGCAUGUUGGUUACAAUGCCUUACACAAUUACUACAAUUGGAUCGACCGAGGCAACUUGGUCAUUCGUGAUUAACUUUCAAUACCUCCAUCUACAUGUAUAUUGACAAUGUUUGCACAUUUUAUAACCAAAUAAAAAAAGCUACUCAGAUGAUUUCGUUUGAUAUUUGUAAGGAUCGGAAAUGUGUUAGAAAAAAACAAACAAACAAACAUGUCAGGCUGCUUUUGUUUUAAAUGCAAUCCUGCAAGUGCUAGAUUGUAAGGACUCAAUUAACACAAACAAGAGGGGCCUCUUCACAUGAACGCCUUUAUCUUUAUUUCACUACAGCAAGUCUUAAGACAGCUUGUUACAUGUAUUCAACAUAAACAAUCAUGAAUUCAAGUUUUCUGGAUCUGGAUGAUUAUACUUUAUAGACAAAACGGCUACCCGCAUCAUAUCAGAUGAGUGGGAUUUACAGAAAAUAUUAGCAAAUGAUGACAACUCAAGUUUCAAGUGUGGUUUUAUUCCACUCAACUUCACGGUAACAUUUUCGAUAAUAAUUAAGGAUAUUUUGGCAUGUAAUGUGUGAGUGGUACCUAGAAGCAGUAGCACAGUUCAUGUUCUUGAAGAUAAUGGUUUAAAACAAAAUCAUUUGAAAGAACAGUCGAGCGUGGUCGCUUUUAUUAGAUUAUUGUACACAUGUAGUGGCUUGCAGUCAAUUUUAUUUGAAUGUAUUUUGUUCCUAUUUUUUUGCAUAUAUUGGUAUGUUGGAUUUUGAAACAACUCGUAAUGUUUUUAUGAUAUAUUUGAGGAAAAAAUAUUAAUUUUAGUCUUAGAACAGGAUAACUGUGUGUGAAUAGAUUUAGUUGGAAUUUUUUUUUUAAUGGAAUGUUUUUGAGUUAUACAAAAUUUGUUAUAUUGAAAGUUCUAUACGGUAAACGUGCGAAAUCAAAUUAAAAAUUUGUAGAUUAGUGAACUUGAGUUUGUGCAGUUUGCACUGAUCUCAUGAUGUGAAAUGGACGAUACUUUCUCGUAAGUGACUCCUUGCUAAAGAAGUUAAGUUGGUAUUCAGUUCACCCAAGUUAAUCAAGUUCUCCAAAGUAUUCCCAUCUCCUUAAGCACCAAAAAAAUUAGUGAUGAUGAAAAUUACAUUCACGGAGAACUCUCACACUAGACGUACGCCUUGAACGGUAAGAGUGCCCAUUCAAAUCAGUAUGUAGUAAACCCUAUGUAUUCACUUGGGUAGCCAGAUUGGGGAGCUUUAGUCAAACCCGACUGGGAAAUAAAAAAAUCAAUUAUUUUGUGAACAAAAUAUAGAUCACCUCUUCACAACAAACUUAUGUGACUCCAUACAUCGUGAUGAUUGAUAACAGACACGCAAGACUCUACGUACUCUGUUUAUUUUUUAAAUAAGUGUUUGCAUUUUUAUGGUGUAGGGUUAUGGCUUAAAUUUUAAAUGGAUAUAUUCAUAAUCUUUGACUAUUAUAAUCACGUGUUUAUUUCAUUUUGGUACUACAUGUAUGAUUACUUUAUGCAGAUUUUAAUUGUUAUCAAAGGGCAAUUUAGCAACUGAUACAAAGUAUAUUUUUUUCAAAGGCUAAUUAAAGAAUUUGGUAGAAACAACCUGUAAAUGUACAAUGUACAUUAAGAGAGAAUCCUUUGUCUUUCCCAGUGUCAUUUUGUAAGUAGAAGAAACAGGAUAGAAUACGCUUAUACAAUUACAAUGUAGUACAUUUAAUAGCCAACGUUUGGUUUUAGGUAUACACAUGUACAUGUAUUAUCACCUAUAAUAAUGUAGUGUGCAGGCUUGGUAUUAAAGGAAAUGUAAUAGUGAAGUUGUAUUCGUCAUCACUCUUUCUUUGUGUUGUGUCAAAUACUAAGAAAACCAUGGAAAUGUACAUGAAUAUUCAUUCUGAUAUAUAUAUAUACAAACUGCAUACAAAUUCCUCACUCAAAUUCAAAACAUACUAUCAUCAGUGCCAUAUUUUACAAAAGCAAGCAAGCACACCUCUUGGCGAAUGUUUUGCAGCAACGUUAUUCCCUUUAAACAGAUCAAGAAAAAGAUCUCCAAUAACACAUUCUUUCUUUUUUUUGGUUUGAAAAAAAAAAAAAAA